ACCUAAACCCACAUAAACCCCUAAAACCAAAACUCAUCUCUGUCUCUCUCUCUCUCUACACAGCAACCAAAAUCACCAGCCACCACCGAACCACCAACCCGCGGCGGAACAUCUAAUCGAACCGGCUAAAACCCAGCUCCUCUCUUCUCUUCUCUCAGUAAUUUUUGUUUGUCUUGUAAAACCAAAAUGAGCGUGGUGAAGGCGACUAAGGAGCAGAAGGAGAAAGAGACGGAGGAGGAGAUUCCAGAGGACUUAGAUUUGAAAGUAAAGAAAUACCUCAGAGGCGGCGCAGCUAAUUUCGACGAUUUGAAAGAUAAAAAACUCAAGGGCCAGCUUUCCCAUCGAGAGUCUUUGUAUGGAGCUUCUGCUAAAGCCGCUGCUAAGUAUGAAAAGUGGCUUAUGCCGAGUGAGGGAGGGUAUUUGGAGGCGGACGGUCCGGUAGAGAAGACAUGGAGAAUCAAACAGGAAGAUAUUAGGCGCGAAGUCGAUAUCUCCAGUUCCAGGAAUCAGCAUGAUGUUAUUUUACCAGAAUUUAGUCCAUACACUCUUGAUUUUACCUCAAAUGGUCAAUAUAUGGCUGCUGCUGGACGGAAGGGUCAUCUGGCCAUUGUAGACAUGAAGAAUAUGAUCCCAAGGAGAGAAAUUCAGGUUGGAGAAACAGUGCGUGAUGUGGUGUUCUUGCAAGAUCAGUCCUUCUUUGCUGCUGCGCAGAAAAAGUAUACAUAUAUUUAUGGCCAAGAGGGCAUAGAAGCUCACUGCCUAAAGGAUCAAGGUGCAGUGUUAAAACUUCAGUUUCUUAAAAAUCACUUUCUCUUGGCAUCCAUAAACAAAUUCGGGCAGCUCCAUUAUGAAGAUGUAUCGAUGGGUGCUAUGAUAGGUAAUAUCCGGACUGGUUUAGGCCGUACUGAUGUGAUGCAGGUGAAUCCCUACAAUGCGGUUGUUGGGUUGGGUCAUUCUGGCGGAACAGUUACCAUGUGGAAGCCUACCAGCUCUGCUCCUCUAGUCAAGAUGCUGUGUCAUCAUGGGCCUGUCUCUGCCUUGGCAUUCCACCCUAAUGGCCAUCUCAUGGCCACAGCUGGGAAGGAGAGGAAAAUUAAGCUUUGGGACUUGAGGAAAUUUGAGGUUCUCCAAACUUUACCAGGUCACGCAAAGACGUUAGAUUUCAGUCAGAAGGGUUUGCUUGCAUGUGGAACUGGUUCUUUUGUACAGGUUCUUUCUGAUUUCUCAGGAACUCAGAAUUAUAGCAGAUAUAUGAAUCAUUCAAUGGUGAAAGGUUACAAGAUAAGUAACUUGUUGUUUCGACCAUAUGAAGAUGUUCUAGGCAUAGGACACUCCAUGGGUUGGUCUAGUAUUCUUAUUCCAGGAUCUGGGGAACCCAACUUUGAUUCUUGGGUGGCUAAUCCAUUUGAAACACGCAAACAGAGGGGAGAGAAGGAAGUCCACCUUCUUCUUGACAAGCUUCCACCUGAGACAAUUAUGCUAGACCCUACAAAGAUUGGUACAGUGAAGACAGCAAGGAAGAAAGAGAAGUCAACAAAGAAGGAAAUAGAGGCCGAAAUGGAAGCUACCAUAGAAGCUGUGAAGGAUGGCAUCAACAUGAAGAAGAAAACAAAGGGGAGGAGCAAGCCCAGUAAGAAGUUGAAAAAGAGACAGGAGAUUAUUGCUAAUGCUAAAAGGCCUUUCUUGGAACAACAGAUGCAGGAUGGGCAAUUAUCUAUAAAGAAGCAGAAAAUCAGCGAGGAAGUUGAGCUUCCAAAAUCUUUGCAACGGUUUGCUCGUAAGAAAGCUGCAACAUGAUUUUGCUAGUCUAGUCACUUUUAGUUUUUUCUUAAACCACUGUAAUUUAUUUCCUCUCUUCCUGUUUGUGUUUUACCAUAUUUGUGAAAAUUUUGUUGUGUUUAAUCAUUAAUUUAUAUUUAUAAGCUGUUUUGUUUUUCA